AUGGCCGCCACCGCGAAACGCCCCGAAAUCAUCGACCUCUCGCGCUCGCUGCGAGGCGUUCCCCAAUGUGAAGACUACGAGCGCAUGAUCUCGGGGAUGAUGUACAACCCCAACAAGCCGGAGCUCCUGGAAGCCCGGCACCAGUGCCGCGGCCUAACGGCAGACUACAACAACCUGGACACAAAGGCCGUGCCCUCCGAUCAGAUCUUCGACAAGCGGCUGGAGCUGCUCCGCAAGCUGGUGGGCAAGGUGGGCGACGGGACCUUCGUCGAGCCCCCCUUUCGCCCGGACUACGGCUGCAACAUCAGCAUUGGGAGCAACUGCUUCAUUAACUGGGACUUGACCGUCCUGGACACAAGCCUCGUUGUCAUCGGCGACCGUGUCCAGAUCGGCACGGGGGUGAGCAUUUUCAGUGCCGGGCACGACACCAGCGUGCUCUCGCGCCAGAAGUUUGUGGAGUUCGGACACCCUGUCUUUAUCGAGGACGACUGCUGGAUUGGAGGGAAUGUGGUGAUCCUCCCUGGGGUCAGGAUUGGCAGGGGCUCGACGGUUGGGGCGGGGGCCGUGGUGACCAAGGACAUCCCCCCGUACUCGGUGGCGGUGGGCAGCCCUGCGCGUGUGAAGAAGACCAUCCAGUCGGUGGAGGAGGAGGAGCAGGAUCCGAAUAAUCCCUAUCGGAACCUGGUCCGUGAGGAUCGCUAG